ACCCAACGGCCACCCUGCCAGCAUCAUGGACACAAGCUGUGUGCAGCCCUUCAAGCUGGCCAGGGUCACCAAGGUGCUGGGCAGGACCGGUUCUCAGGGACAGUGCACACAGGUGCGUGCGGAGUUCAUGGACUACAUGAGCUACUCUAUCUUCUGCAAUUUGAAAGGCCCCAAGCAUGAGGGCAACAUUCUCACUCUUUUGGAGUCAGAGCAGGAAGCUCGGAGGUUGUGCUGAACU